AGUUUUCGUGGGACCUAACCUCCUAAUUUCUAUGAAUAGAAGUCAUUCUGAGUCAUUGAGCUGUGUAAUCUUCAUGCAUUUCUCUUUUCCAAACUACAGUAGCAAAUAUGGCCGCAGACGCUGUCCUCGGUGCUGUUUUGAAGCUGACCUUAUCCAAGGUGAUUUCAGCUGCUAACGAGCAGCUCAACUUAGUUGUUGGAUUCCAUCAGGAGUUGAGGAGGUUUCAUGUCACACUGGGAAUGACCUGGGGUGUGUUAGACGACGCAGAGCAGAAGCAAGUGACAGGCCGCCCUGAUCUGAAGCAUUGGCUUGAGGAGCUUUGGAGUAUCAGUGAAGAGGCUGAUGAUCUGAUGGAUGAGAUUGCAUAUGAAAAUUUGCGACGCGAGGUCGUUUCUCAAAAAAUGCUGAAACAGGUCAGCUACUUCUUUACUCCCUUAAAUCCUCUGGCAUUUCGCCUCAAAAUGGGUAUCAAGAUUAAGAAUUUAAAUGCUGCCCUUGUUGACCUAAACGAUCGAGCCACUAGGUUAGGACUUCAACACAGACUUGCAAACAGGAAUCCUGAACCUAGAGGAAUCCAACAGACAGUCUCCUUACUAGGUGAACCAUCAAGAGUUAUAGGAAGAGAUGGUGAUGUCCAAAAAAUAGUUGAAUUGUUGAUUCAUGACUCGAGUAACCAGCAGCCUCUCUGUGUGGUUUCUAUAGUGGGUAUUGCAGGCCUUGGGAAAACUACUUUGGCAAAACUAGUGAGGAACAAUUACCAAAUACAGAGACAUUUCUGGAACAUUAUGUGGAUCUGUGUUUCUGAAAAUUUUGAUGUGAAAAGGAUUUUAGUACAGAUGCUGGAGUCUCUUACCAAAGCUGGUUGUGAAAAUAUUACAAGCCAAGAUGUUGUGGUUCAAAAAAUAAAAGAAAAUUUGGGGGAGAAAAAGUAUCUCCUCGUUCUAGAUGAUGUGUGGAAUGAAGAUAGGCUAAAAUGGGAAGACUUAAGGCAGUGCUUGCUGGGGAUCAGUGAAACAAUUGGGAGUAACACUACUGGAAAACGCGGCAUAAGCGACAAUACUAUAUUCGACAGCCAUAUUGCUGUCGAAAAUGUGUACAUAAUCGACAGAAUGAUUGACGAAGAUGUAAAAUUGACGAUGAUAAUGGAAAUUUCUUGUUUAAUCAACAGUAUUCAUAUUCGACAGCCUUUUUGUCGAAUAUACAAAUAUAUUCGACAGCCGUUGGCUGUCGAAUAUGUUCAUUUAUGGGAACGACAUCGUUUUUUUCUGUAUAUUCGACAGCUUUUGGCUGUCGAAUAUAAUCCUUCAUAUCCCCGCGCCUCACCUUUCUUCCCCAUUUCUGGUUUUCCUCUGCGGCCGGUAGAUCUGGUUUCUUCUCCGGCGAAGCUUGCUGUCGCUGUUCUUUCGUAGCGCCCCCUGUU